CUCACUGUUUGGUCCACCAAGCUCAAAUCAUCACUCUCUCUCUCUCUCUCUCUCUUUCUACAUUUGUAUAUCUAUAUAAACUUCGCAAAAAGCACUCUCAAUCCAAUCCAAUUCAAAACACACAAAGCCCAUUUUUUCCCCCUUAAUUUCUCUCCAUUUAUCUGUCUUUAAUCGCCUAAUUCUGGCUUUGUUCUUCGAUUUUGAUUCGUAAAUAGUUCGAAUUUUGAAGGGUAUAUAUAUAACAUAUAAAUCAAUGGAGGUUUCGGUGAUCGCGAGCUCUCAGGCGAAGAUAUGGAGGGCCGAGUCGGUGCAUAGAGAUGUAGGGUUUUGUACUAAUUUGAGCCCUCUGAUCUUCUCUCGGAAGUCAAACCUAUGUUUUGAUCAAACCAACGGAUGGUCUACAAAAUCUCCGAUUCGACUCACCCUCAAGGCUGUUGCCCAAUCGGAACCGCUCGUUUCUGACGAAGUUUCCAGCAACACAACGACGUCCCGUACUGGAUCCAAGCCAAUUGAUGGAAUAAGAUUAUAUGUUGGGCUGCCCGUUGAUGCAAUUUCAGACUGUAACACGAUAAAUCAUGCCCGAGCAAUCACAGCCGGUCUGAGGGCUUUGAAGUUAUUAGGUGUUGAUGGCGUUGAGCUUCCGGUCUGGUGGGGAAUUGUAGAGAAAGAAGCGAUGGGAAAGUAUGAGUGGUCUGGGUACCUUGCACUUGCAGAAAUGGUCGAAAAGGCGGGUCUCAAACUCCACGUUUCGCUCUGCUUCCAUGCAUCAGGAGAACCCAAAAUUCCUCUCCCCAAAUGGGUAUCUCGCAUAGGAAAAUCUGAGCUAAGUAUUUUCUACACGGAUCGGUUAGGGAAGCAGUACAGAGAUUGUCUGUCAUUGGCUGUGGAUGAUCUUCCUGUUCUUGAUGGGAAGACUCCAAUCCAAGUGUAUAGCAAAUUUUGCGAGAGCUUCAAGUCUUCGUUCACUCCUUUCUUGGGUUCCACCAUUACAGGCAUAUCAAUUGGUCUAGGACCCGAUGGCGAACUCCGGUACCCUUCUCAUCACGUUCCGGCUAGUAAUAACCAUAGUCGCAGGGUAGGAGAGUUCCAGUGUUAUGACAAAAAAAUGCUUAGCAAUCUCAAGCAAUGCGCGGAAGCAUUUGGAAACCCUCUCUGGGGACUCUCCGGUCCCCAUGAUGCCUCCUCCGGUGAUAACCAAUCCCCAAACUUGAUCAACUUUUUCAAGGAGCACGGAGGAUCAUGGGAGACACCAUAUGGCGAUUUCUUCCUUUCUUGGUACUCAAGCCAACUCAUAUCACAUGGAGAUCGCCUUUUAUCUCUUGCCUCCUCGACCUUCACUGACACUCUGGUGAAGGUGUCUGGAAAAAUCCCGCUCAUUCACUCGUGGUACAAAACUCGUUCCCACCCUUCUGAACUAGUAGCUGGGUUCUACAACACAGUCAACAGAGAUGGCUAUGAAGCGGUAGUGGAGAUGUUUGCAAGGAAUUCAUGUAAUUUGAUCUUGCCCGGAAUGGACUUAUCAGAUGAGCACGAGCCACACGAAGCUCACUCGAGUCCAGAGUCAUUGUUUACACAAAUUAUCAGGGCUUGCAAAAAGCACGGCGUAGAGGUUUCUGGCCAAAAUUCAUCAGUUUCGAGGGCUCCUAAUGGUUUCAAGCAGAUUAAGAAGUAUUUGUUGGAUGAAAAUAAGGUGGUGGACUUGUUCACUUACCAGAGGAUGGGAGCUUAUUUUUUUUCACCCGAGCAUUUUCCAUCCUUCACCAAGUUCGUUUGGAGCCUAAAUCAGCCGGAAUUACAUUUGGAUGAUUGUCCGGGUGAUGAGGUAGAAGGUGUUGAAACUGUAAUUUCAGAACAUGGUGAAGAUCUUCAUUUGCAAGCUGCCUAGUAAGACUAAGAAGCUUAUUCAUGUAUGUAUGGAGGAUAGUAUAAUCUACAUAUGGUUCAAUUUCAAAAGAGACUGUAAUACACUCUAGUGUAGCGUUUUGUGCUCUUUAAGUGGAAGUUGUAUUUGUAUGAACAAUUCUUAUAUGCUUGCCUUAGAAUGAA